AUGCACAAACAUGGUGGCGGUGGUUGUGGUUCACUCGUGCAGGCUGUCGGCGUGAGCAGCCGUGCCGGUGAGGUAUUGGACCAGCUCGCGGUGUCCACGGUGCUGCGCUGCGCCGUCAACUGCUCCAGCGUCACCCGCAGUACACCGCUGCACCUGGCUGCGGAGCGGGGCAGUGCAGGUGUGGUGUCUAAGCUGCUGGCGGCGGGGGCCGUUGUGGACGCACGCGACACAGCGGGCAGCACUGCGCUGUUCCUAGCCUCGGAGGCGGGACACACUGCGGUGGUGGAGCGGCUGCUAGCAGCGGGGUCGGACCCCCGCCUGGGCAACUCCGCGGGUGAGACCCCCCUCUACAUUGCGGCGCUGCGGGGCCACCUGGGCUGUGUUAAGGAGCUGCUGCUGUACUGCAAAGCGCGUGGGAUUGACUGGCAGGACCCCGAGAUGUACGGCGACUCCUGGACGCCCCUGCAUGCGGCUGCGGUAGCCAACCGCGCUGAUGUGGCGGCGUACCUCCUGCAGGUGGGGGCACGUGAUGAUGGAGUCGGAGCCGGGGGGCACAGCGUGUUGCAUGUGGCCGCCCGCAAGGGCUCCUCCCAGCUGCUGCGUCUCCUGCUGUCAGCCGGAGGCGUCGCGGUGGUGGGCUCGCGUGACGGCAGUGGGGACACGCCGGUGGACGUGGCCAAGAAGAAUCGCCACGUAGCAGCGCUGGCGGAGUUUAGGAGGCUAACGGCCGGUCAUACGACAACCCGUGGGUCGCAAAGCGCGGCAACUGCGAUGGCUUGAUACUCCCAUGAGAACAUGCAAGCUGACUAUUGACCUGGCCGGAACAUUUGAGGUGCACAGGUGGUCUUCGAUCGCAGUGACACGGAGUGCAUCGGCUGGGUCUGUUUUGCUUUCGAGGGAAUUAAAUCCAUGAACUUCCAUGUCCUAGGACUGCUAGUACUACUUAGGAGGGGGAUUACUGAUAUUGCAUGUCGCACUUCGCGUCUUUCCAAGCAAAUUUGAGCGAGUAUCGCAUCUUGGGCCAGUUGGCUAGCUAUGACAUCAUGAGAGCUGACACGAGAGCUGAGCGGUGGGCCACUCGCCAUCCUGGUGUCACGAAGAUCCCGACACCAGGUCAAUCCAUUUGUUUGUGAUGGUCGUGUACAUAACUUGUUGUCGUUGUUCUACACCACCUCAUGCAUUGGGUAAGCGCUGCCUUGCUUGGGUUAGCAUUCCUAUGAAAGAAUGGGGUUGCGCCUCCAGGCUGGCGACCACACAAGGUAGUCGCCUAGAGUGCCUUGCCGGGGCCUUGUCAUGGUCUUGAGCACUUGGGGUUCGGCUUCGCAUCCAACGGUGCUGAUGACACGUGCCAUAUGCCAUAACUGGAUUUUUGUUGGCAUGACGUAAUCCAUGAGUUUGAUAACCAUGAUGUGGGCUGACGUGGACAUCGCAAGUCGAUAUCAGGUAUUAACAAAACAAACGGCG